AUGACAGAGGACGAACGGCGACAAUCACCAGAGCAAGUUCCGGAAGAGGUCAGGAUGCUGGAUACUCAUGAGGUGGAACCUUCGAGAGUUCAGACUCGGAGUAAGAGUGCCACUGGAAAAAGAGCACUAGACCCGGCUGAAGAAGCCAGGUAUGACAAACGAGCUCGUCGAAAGUUAGCGCUCGAGCCUCUUGCUUCCAAACUUAUGUCAGAUGCUCAGAAAGCAUGGCAUGCCGAGGAGGAAGAACGAGAAUCAACUGUUAUAGGACUCUCGCCUCAGCCUGGUCUCCCCAGUGUUGGUCCUGCUUUAAGAGGCCCUGCUUCUUCUGCACAUUCAUUGCAUGAAGAAGAACAUGGAGAUGAAUCAUUUGUAGGGGAAGAUAUACCUCCUGUCCAAGAACCUACUGUGACUGCCCAACAAGAUUCAGUAACGGACAAGUCUCCUUUUACUUCUGUGUUGCUACCCCCUGCAGGAGGUACACAGUUAAGCCUUAUGACUGGGGUCAUAUCAAAACCUACUAUCGCCGAGGAUCCACCAGCGUUUCCUUCCGUAGACGAAGAUGAGCCUAUGGACCAUAGCGACGGCGAGGAUGAUAUGGAUGAUGAUGGUGACCAAAGUGGGGGUAAUGAAAAUGAUGACCACUUGGGUGAUGAUAGUGAUGACCCCGGUGAGUGGGAUAUUCCACCGCCACAGUCUUCAGACAAGGCUUCAGCCUACAUUCCCCUGCCUCUCACUGAUCCUAUGGUUCAUGAGGCAAGCGUUGUCAUCCCUGCUUCCACGCAACAACUUAUGCUACCCCCAGCUCAGGUGUCAGAAUCACCUUGCUUGGAACUCUCAACGACAACUUUCCCACCGACGACCUUAUUGACCAUUUCUUUAGCCUCUACAGAAGUUGUAGACGUGCCAAGAUCAUCAGAAGUAGGGGAACUUAUGGUUCUUCAAUCGAGUUCAUCUCAAUUGGAUGUCGACGUUCCCUCUCAAGCCACUACGCCAAAAUCACCCGCUGGUCUCUUGCUUGGUUCUAUAUCUUCGGAAGUUUCUGUACCGGUUCCCAUUGCUGCUUCGAGUCCCACAGACGUGCCGGAUUUCCUUAAGAUUUCUCUUAAUUAUCUAGAGAGUCUGACCAAGAAGGUAAUUGAGGUGGUAUUGGCUGGCAGAGAUACUUUUGAUACCUUCAAGCCUAUGCUCACAAAUAGUUUAAAUAACCUCAAGUUCAUGGGUGAUGUCGACGUAGUUCGUCGUUGCUCAGAAGCUAUCUCACGCCUGGAGGCACAAUUAAGGUUCUUGGAGGCCUUAGGUCGUGCUGAUAUCCAAGCGCAGAUUGCGUCGACUUUCGAAGACAUCCGGACUGAAGAAUUUAACAAGUAUGAAGCUGCUCAGCGUCAUAUAGCCGAGGAAGAAGUCCGGGUGGAACAUUUGCAGAAGCUGCAUGCUCAAAAGCAAGCUGAGCUAUCGCUCUCCAACACUUCUCUAGAGAAUUUACGAGAGAAGAUCAUCGCUACUGAAGUAGAGCUGACUAGGUUGAAAGCUCAAUUCAAGCGAGAAGAAGCUAUUGUUACUGAACUCAACGUCAAGAGCGCGACCUCUCUAGUAGAUUAUCGCACAGGAGCUAAUGCUCUUGCAGAGGCUAAACAGAAGAUUGCUGCCAUGUUGCCUGACGAGGACGAGCUUCGGAAACGAGCUGAAAUGCUAGUGUGA